ACAACCGCACUGCCUCCGACCACUAAUCCUCUUCCGACCACCAGUAACACUUCAACCACUAUCCUGCCUCCGACCACGAAUCCGCUUCCGACCACUAGUAACACUUCAACCACUACCCUGCCUCCGACCACCAAUCCGCUUCCGACCACCAGUAAUACUUCAACAACCGCACUGCCUCCGACCACCAAUCCGCUUCCGACCACCAGUAACACUUCAACCACUACCCUGCCUCCGACCACCAAUCCGCUUCUGACCACCACUAACACUUCAAUCACCGCUCUUUAUCACCAUCCGAGCACCGAUACCCCUCAAACCACCGCUCCCCCUCAGGCUACAGCUCCCCCGACCAGUUUAGACAAUAGUUUCACCAAGAACUUUUCAUCGGAGGGGAAGCCUCCGACCACCGCUACUCCUUGGACCACAGCUUUGUCUCCGGGCACUGCCAAUACUACAGCCACGUCUACCCCUCCUACGAUUUUCAAAAAUAGUGUAAUCAAUAGUUCUUUAUCCGAGGGAGAGCCUCAUACAAGCUCCGCCCCUCCAAUCUCUAUUCCUCCUGCGACCAUCACUCCGCCUCUAGCCGACGCGUACUCUACAGCUACCCCUACCCAUACAGAAUUUAUCAACAAGAGUCUCAUUGAGAACUCUGCGUUAGAGAGGAAGCCUUCAGCAAACGCUACCUCUCCGACCACCACUUCAUCUCUGACUACCACUCUCCUUCCGACCACCACUCAGCCUCCGACUACCACUCUCCCUCCGACCACCACUCAACCUCCGACCACCACUCUCCUUCCGUCCACCACUCUCCUUCCGACCACCACUCAGCCUCCGACCUCCACUCUCCCUCCGGCUACGACUCAACCUCCGACAACCACUCAACCUCCGAGUACAACUCUACCUCCGACCACUACUCUCCCUCCGACCACGACUCUACCUCUGACUACUACUAAACCUCCGACUACCACUCUCCCUCCGACCACGACUCAGCCUCCGACUACAACUCUCCCUCCGACCACGACUCAGCCUCCGACUACCACUAAAUCUCCGACUACUACUCGCCCUCCGACAACCACUCAACCUCCGAGUACAACUCUCCCUCCUACCACGACUCAGCCUUCGACUACUACUAAGCCUCCGACUACCACUCUCCCUCCGACCACGACUCAGCCUCCGACUACAACUCUCCCUCCGACCACGACUCAGCCUCCGACUACAACUCUCCCUCCGACCACGACUCAGCGUCCGACUACUACUAAACCUCCGACUACCACUCACACUCCGACCACGACUCUCCCUCCGACUACCACUAAACCUCCGACUACCACUCUCCCUCCGACCACGACUCAACCUCCGACUACCGCUAAACCUCCGACUACCACUCUCCCUCCGACCACGACUCAGUCUCCGACUACAACUCUCCCUCCGACCACGACUCAGCCUCCGACUACCACUCUCCCUCCGACCACCACUAAACCUCCGACUACUACUACUAAACCUCCGACCACCACUAAACCUCCGACUACUACUAAACCUCCGACUACCACUAAACCUCCGACUUAUACUAAGCCUCCGACUACUACUCUCCCUUCAACCACCACUAAGCAUCCGACCACCACUAAGCCUGGGACUACCACUCUCCCUACGACCACCACUAAAUCUCCGACCACCAAAACGCCUCCGACUACUACUAUUCCUCCGACCAUGACUCAGCCUCCGAAAACCAAUCUUCCUCGGGUCACUACUCUCCCCUUAAUGGCCCUUCCCCCUCCAGUUUCCUUGGAUGACGACGGUCACAUUUAUGUCAACGACGAUUUUAAUCAAGAUGAUAUUGAAGUUGGCAAGAAAAACUUUUCACGGAAACUUGAUUCAAUGCCUUCUUCUUUUGUUCUCACCCUACUAGCUACUCUCAUUUACUAUAAACUUUCAUGAGAACAUUUAA